GUCUGUUCGUACGUAAUCAUGCAUCGCUAAAAAUAAAGUGGAAUUAAAUGUUGUAAAGUCACCUUAAUUGAUUAAAUUAAAUGAUUAUGCCUACUGGCCGUGCUGUUUUGUUGCUGCGGCGUUUGUCGACGGGCGAUAAUAGAUUUAAAAGCUUAAAUCUCAAUCAAUCUGCGACGAAGGAGACCCUUGCGAACCCGGUUUGUAAUCAUCGUGAUUUGGGAGUUCCAAAAAGAUUUACAUCAUUGGGUCAAACUCUUCCUACACCUCAACUCAAAAGAAGUUUCAGUGAUAACAUCAUAAAAAUGGCUGCACCCAGUUCCGAUACAAAUCCAGUUGAAAAACCAAAACAUACAAAUAGGCUGGUAUCUGAGAAAUCUCCUUAUUUACUGCAACAUGCUCACAACCCUGUGCAGUGGUACCCAUGGUGCCAAGAAGCUAUUGACAAAGCAAAAGCAGAGAAUAAACUUAUUUUUCUCUCUGUUGGCUAUUCAACAUGCCACUGGUGCCAUGUUAUGGAGAAAGAAUCUUUCGAAAAUGAAGAUGUUGCUAAAGUAAUGAACGAACACUAUGUCAACAUCAAAGUGGACCGUGAGGAACGCCCAGACAUUGACCGUGUGUACAUGUUGUUUGUAAUGGCAACUACUGGCAGUGGAGGCUGGCCAAUGUCAGUUUUCCUGACUCCAGAUCUACGUCCUGUAACUGGAGGGACUUAUUUCCCCCCAGAAGACAGAUGGGGAAGACCAGGCUUCAAAAGCAUCUUGCUAUCUCUAGCCAAGAAGUGGAAAGAAAGUAGAGAGCAGUUUGUUCAAGCUAGCACUAGCAUCAUGGAAGCACUUCAGAAGAUAUCUCUUGUGGACUCCGAAAAUUCCUCAUCUUUGCCAGGAGAAGCUACAUGGGACAAGUGUGUCCGUAGAUAUGCAUCCAUCUAUGAACCUGAUUUUGGUGGAUUUGGUACUGCCCCUAAGUUCCCACAGUCUUCCAUCUUUAAUUUCUUGUUCCAUUAUUAUGCCCGUGACAAAUCCCAUCCUGAGGGAAAGAAAUGUCUUGAAAUGUGCCUCCAUACUCUAACAAAGAUUGCUAAAGGAGGUAUACAUGAUCAUGUGUCCAGUGGGUUUGCUCGUUAUUCAGUUGAUAACGAUUGGCAUGUUCCCCAUUUUGAGAAAAUGCUGUAUGACCAAGCUCAGCUUACUGUGGCUUAUACUGAUGCAUUUCUGGCAACAAAGGAUGAAUUUUAUGCAGAGAUAGUUCGUGACAUAAUAAAAUAUGUCAAUAGAGACUUGAGGCAUGAAUCUGGUGGAUAUUACAGUGCAGAAGAUGCUGAUUCAUAUCCAACUUUUGGUGCUCCCCACAAGAAAGAAGGAGCAUUUUGUGUGUGGGAAUUUCAGGAAAUAAAAUCACUUUUGGAUGGUAAAAAUAUUAACUCUACCCCAUACUUAGAAGUUUUCUGUGAUUACUUCAGUGUUGAAGAGGAUGGAAAUAUCUCUCCGGUCAGUGAUCCCCAUGGUGAACUGAAGAACAAGAAUGUGUUGAUUGUCUAUGGCAGUAAGGAAGAAACAGCUGAAAAGUUUGGAUUGUCUAUGGAUCAAUUUAAUCAAGUGAUAACUGAAUGCAUUGGUAUUUUGUAUGACGCUAGACAGACGAGACCUCGUCCGCACUUGGACAGCAAAAUGCUGUGCUCUUGGAAUGGCCUCAUGUUGUCUGGAUUGGCGCAAGCAGGCCAGGGCCUAGCUGAUAAGGAGUAUGUGGAGGAUGCUAUCAAAACAGCCGAGUUUAUAAAGAAGCAUCUGUAUGAUCCUUCUACUAAAACUUUACUACAUUCUUGCUAUAGGGCUGAUGAUGGCUCCAUUGCUCAAACUGAGAAACCCAUAAAAGGUUUCCUAGAUGACUAUGCGUUCUUGAUCAAAGGCCUGCUGGAUUUGUAUGAGGCGUCACUGGACCUGCGGUGGCUGAACUGGGCGCGCGAAUUGCAGCAAACACAAAACGAUCUGUUCUGGGACGCCAAAAACGGCGGCUAUUUCACUUGCUCGACUGAGGAUGAUACUGUAGUUUUGCGGCUCAAAGAGGAUCAAGAUGGCGCCGAGCCAUCCGGGAACAGUGUGGCUUGCCACAACCUGCAGCGCCUGGCCGCUUACGCCGACAAGAGUGCGGCGCCUGAAGGCGGCGACCACGAUCGGGAAAUGGCCAAGAAACUGCUCAUGACCUUCGCUAAGAGGCUGGAAGAAUCACCCACCGCUUUGCCAGAGAUGAUGUCCGCGCUUAUGUUCUUCAAUGACUCGCCUACUCAGGUACUAAUUGCUGGUGGCUGCACUGACCCGCGUACUUUAGAGCUGGUGCGCGUAGUGCGCUCGCGCCUCUUGCCAGGCCGAGUGCUGGCCGUCGCCGACCCCGCCGCCGAGACGCCCGCCGGUAUGUCCGACAUACUGCUAAGCCGCAUCCGCAGCGUGGGCGACACGCCGACGGCGUAUGUAUGCCGACGCUACGCCUGCUCGCUGCCCGUCACCGACGUCAAGCAAUUGGAGAAUCUGCUUGACGAGGCGCCCGCCCCUCCCGCGGCUUCAAAGUAG